UCAGGAGAAACGCCUCUCAAAAUUGAAAAGCUUAACGAAAUCCAUUUUGUUGUUACUGUUUGAGGUUAUUCAUAAGUUUAUCAAGUCAGUAAAAAUAAUUUCAGGUUUUUUGUUUAAGUCUUAAAGGGUCACGCUUUAAAUCUCCAUAAUAAAAGCACUUUUAUUUGUGCCUGCCUCUACACCUGCCCUUCAAAAAAAGAACUUGCUGGUUUCCGAAAACUUCUUGUGAAGCUGAAGGUGGGUUCCCUGGUUAAUAGUUGUGUAAAGAAGAGACUGAUUUUGUACAUGUAAUGUUUAUUAUCUCCCAGUAACUGGAUCAGAAGAUGAACCCGACUAAUCCUUUCAGUGGGCAGCAGUCUAAUGCUUUUCCAACAUCUUCCAGUAGUUCCACAGGAACAUUUCAGGCCAAGUCGCCAUUUCUUGGUCAGCCUUCUCUUUUUGGACAAAUACGUUUGUCUGGGAGAAGCUCAGGCUUUUCACAGGUAUCCAGCUUUCCAGCAUCUUCUGGAGUGAGUCAUUCUUCUACAGUACAGACAUUAGGAUUCCCCCAAACAUCAAAUGCUGGGCUCUUUUCUGGACUGGAACACACUCCGACCUUUGUGGCUACCUCUGGGCCUUCAAAUUCAUCUGUGCCUGGAAACACAGGAUUUAGUUUUAAAUCACCCACCACCCUUGGAGCUUUUCCAAGUACUUCUAAUUUUGGAACAGAAGCUGGAGAAAUAGCAUGUUCUGGUUUUGGGAAAACAGAAUUCAACUUUAAACCUCUGGAAAAUGCAGUUUUCAGACCAAUAUUUGGGGCUGAAUCUGAGCCUGAGAAAACCCAGAGCCAAAUUACUUCUGGAUUUUUCACAUUUCCCCACCCAGUUAGUAGUGGAUCUGGGGGACUGGUUACUUUUUCUUUUCCUCAAGUGACAAGUAGCUCAGCUACCAAUUCAAAUUUCACCUUUUCGAAACCAGUUACUACUAAUAACUCAUCAUCUGCCUUUACUCCUGCUUUGUCAAACCGAAAUGUGGAGGAGGAAAAGAGAAACCCUAAGUUACUGUUUGGAAGUUUGAAUAGUAGCUUCACUAGCUUCCCUGGAGCAUCUUCAGGGCCUCUGGGGGAACCCUUUCCAGUUAGCAAAGCAGGUGUCAGACAAGGCUGUGAAGAAGCUGCUUCCCAGGUGGAGCCCCUUCCCAGCCUCAUGAAAGGACUGAAGAGGAAAGAGGACCAGGACCGCUCCCCAAGGAGACACGACCAUGAGGUGGCAGAAGACACAGACCCCUUGUCCCGGGGCGACCACCCUCCAGAUAAGCGGCCUGUCCGCCUGAAUCGACCCCGCGGAGGCACUUUGUUUGAUCGGACACUACAGGACGUCUUGAAAAGCAAUAAAGAAGUAGGUCGCCUGGGCAACAAGGAAUCUAAAAAGGAAAUUGGCUGUGUUGAGCCAGGGGAGAAUGACCACAUGGCCAUGUCUGGAGGAAGUCAGUCUGCUUUGGCACCUUUUGGGCUUCCAGGUGUGAAUAAAGAGGAAGAAACUGAAAGUAGAAACAAAAAAGAAGAUUCUCUAAGAGGAUCUUCUGCCCGUCAGAGUAAGAGAAGUGAGAGCACAGACAGUCUUGGGGGCUUGUCUCCCUCUGAAGUCACAGCGAUCCAGUGCAAGAACAUCCCCGACUAUCUCAAUGACAGAGCCAUUCUGGAGAACCACUUCGGCAAGAUUGCUAAAGUGCAGCGUGUCUGUACGAGGCGCAACAAAAAUCUUGCAGUGGUGCAUUUUUUUGAUCAUGCAUCUGCAGCCUUGGCUAGGAAGAAGGGGAAAGGAUUGCAUAAAGACAUGGUUAUCUUUUGGCAUAAGAAGAAAAUAAGUCCCAACAAGAAGCCCUUUCCCCUCAAGGAGAAGAAGCCAGGUGACAGCGAAGCAAACCAGAGCAUGGAAGAAUCGCCCUUUCAGCACUCUCCUCUCGGCAAGUCUGCAGUGAGAACCAGUGGCCUUGUGAUAAAAAGCUCCCCGGGGAAGAAGCCGAGUGCUUCGAAGGCCCUGCAGUUUGAGGGAGACCCCUUUGAUUCAGGCUCUGAGGCCUCGGAGAGCCUCGGGCUGUGUGUGUCUUCCCUCGGCACGUUGGUGGGCUGCGUGGCCGAGACGUCAGAGGAGAAGUUCCGUCUGCUCGACCAGAGGGACAGGAUCAUGCGGCAAGCUCGAGUGAAAAGGACCGACCUGGACAAAGCAAGGGCUUUUGUUGGGACGUGCCCGGACAUGUGUCCUGAGAAGGAGCGGUACAUGCGGGAGACCAGGAGCCAGCUGAGUGUUUUUGAAGUGAUCCCAGGAACAGACCAGGUGGACCACGCAGCAGCCGUGAAGGAGUACAGCCGGUCCUCGGCUGACCAGGAGGAGCCCCUGCCGCACGAGCUGCGGCCGCUGGCUGUGUUGUGCAGGACCAUGGACCACCUCGUGACCCAGGUCAUGGACCCGAGGGACAGCAGCCUGCGGGACUGGUACGACUUCGUGUGGAACCGGACGCGCGGCAUUCGGAAGGACAUCACGCAGCAGCACCUCUGUGAUCCCCUGACGGUGUCCCUGAUCGAGAAGUGCACCCGCUUUCACAUCCACUGCGCUCACUUCAUGUGUGAGGAGCCCAUGUCCUCCUUCGACACCAAGAUCAACAACGAGAACAUGACCAAGUGCCUGCAGAGCCUGAAGGAGAUGUACCAGGACCUGCGUGGCAAGGGCGUGCUCUGCGCCAGCGAGGCGGAGUUCCAGGGCUACAAUGUCCUGCUCAACCUCAACAAGGGGGACAUUCUCAGAGAGGUGCAACAGUUCCAUCCUGCCGUUAGGAACUCCCCCGAGGUCAAGUUUGCCGUGCAGGCCUUUGCUGCUCUGAACAGCAACAACUUCGUGAGGUUUUUCAAGUUGGUCCGGUCAGCGUCGUACCUGAGCGCUUGUCUUCUGCACUGUUACUUCAGCCAGAUCCGCAAAGAUGCUCUCCGAGCGCUCAAUUUUGCUUACACGGUGAGCACACAGCGCUCCACCAUCUUCCCCCUGGACAGCAUCGUGCACAUGCUUCUGUUCAGAGAUGGGGAGGACGCAGCCGAAUUCGUCGGCUUCCAUGGUCUGACGGUCUCUGAAGGCUGUGUUGAGUUAAACCGGUCAGCAUUCUUGGAACCAGAGGGAUUAUCCAAAGCCAAGAAGUCGGGGUUCAUUACCAGGAAGCUCACGGUGUCUGUUGGAGAGAUUGUGAACGGGGGGCUGUUACCUCCUGUUCCUCAUCACACCCCCGUGUGCAGCUUCAACUCCCAGAACAAGUAUGUCGGGGAGAGCCAGGCCACGGAGCCUGCCGCCGGGAGCCAGAGACCCAGCGUGGGUGCAGCAGGAGGCAGCAGAGGUGAGGAGGGCGGCGCAGACCCAGAUGCGCCCCCACCUGUGCGUCCACCGCCGCCUCCCGCCCCCGUGCCCCUGCCAGUGCCAGCCCUGCACUUGCCGUCCUUGGCCCCAUCCCCGGCUCCCAGCUUCUUUCAGUCCCCCGUGCCGUCUGAACUCCCUCCUCCGAAGCCUGCGCCUGUAUACUCUGACACGGACCUGGUGCAGCUGGUGGAUGAGCUCAUCCAGGAGGUUCUGCAGCAGGACUGCGAGGAGGUUGGCACUGUCGGGGCAGCCUACGCUGCCACUGCACUGGGCGUUUCCAGUGCCGCCAUGGAGGAGCUGCUCGCAGCCACCACUGCUGCCGUCCUGCAGCACGUCGCAGCCGAGGAGGUGACCGCGGAGCGGCGGCGGGCAGAGGAGGAGCGGUUGAAACAGGAGCGAGAGCUGGUUUUGACUCAGCUGAGCCAGGGCCUGGCUGCGGAGCUGACGGAGUGCGUGGUGGCAGAGUGCGUGCAGGAGGCCUGUGCCCAGGAGCUGAGGAGCGCGGUGGAGGCCGACCAGAGGCUCCGUGUCGCCCGGUGCUCUGAGAACGUCUGUGGCCACCUCGUGGACUUGUUUAUGGGGGAGGAGAUUUUCCAGGUGGCCAAGGAGACCCUGCAGGAGCUGCAGUGCUUCUGCAAGUAUCUACAGCGGUGGAGGGACGCCGUUGCAGCCCGGAAGAAACUGAGGCGCCAGAUGCGGGCCUUCCCUGCGGCCCCAUGCUGUGUGGCCUUGGACGACCGGCUGAGGGCUCUAGCCCCUAGUGCCGAGUGCCCCAUCGCUGAGCAGAACCUGGCCCGGGGCCUGCUGGACCUGGGGCAUGCGGGGAGGCUGGGCAUCUCCUGCACCAGGCUGAGUCAGCUCAGGAGCGAGGCCCUGCACCUCCUGAAGGUCCAGCACUUCUGCCGGCGGUUGCUGAGCGAUGCUGCAUGGGCGCCUCUGGACCUGCCGUCCCUCGUGGCCGAGCACCUCCCCGGGUGGCAGGAGUGCGUGUUCUGGAAGCUGGUGCUGGUGUUGCCGGGUGGAGAAGAGCAGUCCCCGGGGAGUCCCGGCAGAAUUCUGGCAAAUUGGUUAAAAGUCAAGUUCCUGGGUGACGAAAGCUCGAAGGAAGAUGCGGACGGGGCUGGGGGCGCAAUCCGGACCCUCGCCCUGCUUCAUGCCCUUGGCAGGAGGGGCGACCGCAGGGUCCUCGUCAACAUCUGCAUCAAGGUGGCCCACGGCACCCUCAGCGACUGUGCCCUUGACGCCGUGGAGACGCAGAAGGACUUGCUGGGGGCCAGCGGGCUCGUGCUGCUGCUUCCCCCAAAGGUGUGGAGCGAAGACGCGGUGGAGGAGGAUGUGUACUGGCUGUCGGCCCUGCUGCAGCUGAAGCAGCUCCUGCAGGCCAAGCCCUUCCAGCCGGCACUGCCACUGGCCGUCCUGGUGCCCGGCCCGGGCAGGGGUGCCGUGGAGAAGGACGUGGAGGAUGGUCUGAUGCUGCAGGACCUGGUCUCCGCCAAGCUGGUCUCAGAUUAUACUGUCAUCGAGAUCCCCGAUUCCGUCAGCGACCUGCAGGGCACCGCCAAGGUCUCGCAGGCUGUGAAGUGGCUGGUCUCCCGCUGCCCCACUGCCCUCGACCUCGGCUGCCAGACCCUCGUCCAGUUCGUGGAGGACGGGGUUGGCCGUGAGUUCAGCGGCCGGUUUUUCCACGACAGAAGAGAGCGACGGCUGGGCGGCCUGGCCUCGCAGGAGCCGGCGGCUGUCAUUGAGCUGUUCAACAGUGUGCUGCGCUUCCUGGCCGCUGUGGCAUCCUCGGAACAGCUGUGCGACCUGUCCUGGCCUGUCACCGAGUUCGCUGAGGCAGGGGGCAGCCGACUGCUUCCUCACCUGCACUGGAACUCCCCUGCCCACCUGGCCUGGCUGAAGCAGGCUGUGCUGGCUUUCCAGAUGCCACAGAUGGACCUGCCGCCACCAGGGGCCCCCUGGCUCCCCGUCUGCUCUAUGGUCCUGCAGUAUGCGGCCCAGAUCCCCAGCUCGCGCCAGACGCAGCCCGUGCUCCAGUCCCAGGUGGAGAACCUGCUCAGGCGAACGUACCACAGGUGGGAGAGCAGGAAUCCUGCCCUGGGCCAGGGGACAGGGCCCCCAGUGGGCGAGAUCCCGUGGGACGACAUCCUCGCCUUGUGCAUCAACCACAAGCUGAGGGACUGGACGGCCCCCCGACUGCCCAUCACAUCAGAGGCACUGAGUGAAGACGGUCAGAUAUGUGUGUAUUUUUUUAAGAAUCAUUUGAAAGAUUAUGACGUUCCUUUGUCAUGGGAACAGGCCAGAUUGCAGACGCAGAAGGACCUGCUGCUGAGCCGGGGAUGUUUGGGGAUGAAGUCUCCUCGCUCUUCUGGAAGCGACUUGCCCACCCCAAUGCUUCACGCCCGCCCUGCGGGGAAGAAGCGCAUUGAGCAGGGCCGGGCAGGGCGCGUCCCCUGUGCGGAAGAGCUGACCCGCAGCGCCUCCACCCAGGAGCUCCUCUCGCAGAGCCUGUCCCGCAGCCUCCUCCUGGAGAAGGAGGAGAGCAGGAGGUUUGAAGAGCAGCUUCAGCAGUGGCUGUCUGCGGACUCGGAAGCACGCACAGACCCCACUUCCCUUCCCCACUGCCUGCCGCAGACUCUCCAGCCCGCAGCGAGGCCGUCUGCAGCUGAGCACCCUCAGCAUGAAAGGACAGGGGAGCAGCCACAGCCAGCUGAGGCAACAGGCACAUCCCUGAGUGAGCGGCUGAAGCACCUGGAAAGGCUGAUCCGGAGCUCAAGGGAAGAGGAAGUUGCCUCUGAGCUCCAUCUCUCUGUGCUGCUGGACAUGAUGGACAUUUGAGCAGCGGGCCUGAGGGAGGGAAGGCCUGUCCAGAGGAGGCUCUGCUCUCACUCACUCAGAAUAAUGUUACUCUCAGAUGCUUGAAUCACUGUUGGAAAUGCAAUUAUUAAUCAUGCAAAUAAACCACUUGAAUGUC